AUGAGUAUGUGUUAGUAUUGGAAUUAUGUGAAUGUAAAUAUUUGUUUAGAAAUAGAAUCUUUAAUGGAAUAUCUGUAAUAAAAAUCGCAUAUUAAUGAAGAAGAAGCUUUAGAUAUUUUUAGUCAAAUCUACAGGGGACUUUCUUAUUUAUAAAAUUAAAAAUAUUAUCAUCGAGAUAUUAAACCCUCAAAUAUAAUGUUUAAGGACAGAGAAAUCAAAAUAAUUGAUUUUGGUUUUUGUAAACAAAAUAUAGGUGUUGAUAAUCUUAAGCAACACACAAGAUGUGGAACGUUUGGAUAUGAAGCUCCUGAAGUAAAAUUUGGGGUCUAUGAUCCUGAGAAAUCAGAUAUUUAUUCUCUAGGCGUUGUGUAUUAUGAGAUCCUUUAUGGCUUAUAGAAUUUUCAUUCUAAGAGGGAAUUUACUUAUCCCCAAGAAAAAUAGGUGAGUGAAACAACCAAAACUUUUGUUGAUAUGAUGAUUUAAGAAGAGGCUGGAAAUCGAAUUUCUUGGCCAUAAAUUGGAUAAAUCUUAGAAGCAAUUAAAAAUACAUAUAAUAUUGAAUUUCAUUAAAAAUAUUAAUUAGAUGAGAAUUUGAAGGAGAAAUAUUUUAUUUUAAAAAAACUACUUUAAGAUUUAAAAAAAAUAAGAAAGCAAAUAAAAGAUUUUCCGUCCGAAAACUUAGAGCUUUUGUUAAUAAAAAAGUUGAUUUUUGAUUUUGAAUCUACGAAAUUAGAAUUUUAGAGAUAGAAAAUCGAAUUAGAAAAAUAAUUAAAAAUAUUGUAAAAUAGACAUGACGUUGAUAUUUUAGAAUUAUAAAUAUUGCAAAAUCAUUCAUUAAGAACAAAAUUAAAUAAAUUGAUAUCUGAUUUAGAAAGUGAAAGAUAUAUAUCAUUAAAUGAAAAUAAAGAAGUAAAACUUAAAUUAUGCAAUGACUACUUCAAAAAGCAUUAUUAUCAUCUAAAUGAAGAGCUUUUCAAUGAAUAAUCCGAAAAUUUCCAAUCAAAUUUAGAAAAGGGAAUGAAUGAAUUUUUGUCAAUACUCUAGAAGCCUGAGUUUAACACAUCUGAAAAUUCUUUGUAGAUGAAACUGUUGAGAAUAAAUAUCUUCAUAAUUAAAUAUUCAGAUAAUUCUUUUGUAAAAAGUCAUUAUAAUUUAGUAACAAAUUAAAGAUCAUUUAUACUAAAAUAAGUUAAUAACAAACAAAGAACUUAAUAUGGUUGA